CUAGCCUAGAAAGGGGCCCAAAUUGAGGGCAAGGGCACCGCAGGCCUGGGAGACCGGCCCACAGGUGAAGCCUGGGCACAGACAACACGGCCGGUUUUUUUUUCCCUGGGGCUGGGCAGAGCGGUGCCAAGCCCCUUGCCCCAUCCCGGGUACCCCGGGUACCCCAAGUCCCUCCGACUCGCAGCUACAGCACUCCCCUUCCUCCGCCCUUCGCCGAAAGGGGCGGGUCUGGGAGGGUUCCCGCUGUGCCCAGACCAGUGCGCCUCGGGCGGCCAGGGAAUAUGGCUUGGCUCCUCUUCCGAGGACUGUCCUGGCUAGGCUGGAGAGGGCUGCCCUCUGGGACCGUGCACGGAGGCGCCUGCGGCUGCGUCUGCCCUGGGAGAGCCAGCCACAAGGACGGAGGGUCUCUCAACAAGCAUGGCAAGCCAACCACUGACUGGAAAGAGAAAUUGACUCCAGAGCAGUACUAUGUCACUAGAGAAAAGGGAACAGAACUGCCCUUCAGUGGAGGUCUUUUGAAUAACACAGAGCCAGGAAUGUAUCACUGUGUUUGCUGUGACAGCCCACUGUUCAGUUCUGAAAAAAAAUUCUGCUCAGGCACUGGGUGGCCUUCCUUUACAGAGGCUCACGGCACAUUUGGUUCUGAUGAAAGUGAAACCAAUAUCCUGAGGCGGCCAGACCACUCCUUGGGAUCAACUCGAGUAGAGGUUGUUUGCAAACAGUGUGAAGCUCACUUGGGCCAUGUGUUUCCAGAUGGACCUGAACCUACUGGACAGAGAUUUUGCAUCAACAGUGUGGCACUGACAUUUAAACCAAGUUAAAACUGAUUGACUCAAAAUCUAAGGAGAUGAAGGCAUGGUUUAGGGGAAUGAGUGCUGUGUUUGGAGUCAGGAGAAUUGCAAGUUCAAAUCUUAACCCUGACCCUAGCAUUGUGAUCAGGGGCAAAUAAAUCCCUACAUUUUUCCGAGCUUCAGUUUCUUCAUCUGUAAAAUGGGAAGGAUAUUGCCCUUCUUACCUACUUCAUUGGGUGGUGUGAAAUCAAAUGACAUGUUUUUAAGGAAAUCAAAUGACAAGUUUUAAGUUUUAUGUAAGCUUACUUUUAAGUAAAGUACUUUGCGAACUUUAAAGGGCUACAUAAAUGUUGGCUACUACUACAUGUUUUCGUGUUAGUGAACAAAUGAAUAAGCAUUUGUUAAGUGCCUACUAUGUGCCGGGUACCAUAUUAAGCACUAAGGAUAUAAAUUCCAAAAGUGAUAUAA